CUCCUAUGGAUGAGGCUCUUUUGGAUGCAUAUGAGACUAACUUAAUGAUUGAAUGUGAGCCGGAGUACUUCAUGGAAGAGUUUGGCACAAAGCCUGAUAUUGAUGAGAAACCUCCUAUUCUCUUCGUGAUGCACUCGAGAAGAUGAAGCCAUUCCUUAUGGCAUAUGAAGGGAUUAAGAAUCAAGAAGAGUGGGAGGAAAUUAUGGAAGAAACAAUGAAUAGAGUUCCUCUUAUCAAAUCGAUUGUAGACUAUUAUGCUGGUCCAGAUAGAGUUACUGCGAAGCAACAACUAGGAGAGCUAGAUCGAGUGGCUGAAACUCUCCCAGCUAGUGCACCUGCUUCUGUGAAACGUUUCACUGACCGUGCUGUUCUCUCGUUGCAGAGUAAUCCGGGUUGGGGAUUUGACAAGAAAUUUCAAUUCAUGGAUAAGCUGAUAAUGGAAGCUUCUCAGCAGUACAAGUGAGCUUUGGAUGAUUUGCCUGGUAUAUAUUCUGCUUAAUAAGAACCUUUAUACUUACAAUGGUGGAAGACUAAGAAGGGCUGUCUCUCUCACUUGGUUAUGGCCUUUCGAAAUUGAUUGCCAAUACGUAGGAGAUUUUGUCCUCAGCACUUUUGCAUUAGAUGUUAUGUCUCAUUUCAUAGACAUAUGCCAAAUUAGUCAAACAAAGGGUUUAUAUCUGAUAUGAUAAGGACCUCAAGUCCAUGCUUAGCCAAUUAUAUUUUGAGUUUUGGCAUUGGGUUUCUGAUCUAACGAACGUCUCUGUUAUGUUUUUA